AUGGAUAAUGUUAUGAGUAAAGCAAUACGAGAAAGAAAUGAUUCAGAUGAUAGACCAAUCAAAAAACCAGACAUAUUUGGAACUUAUUCUAAUGGAAGAUAUAAUUGGGAACUUUUAUAUAGAGAAAUUUCAAAUAGUACUUUUGUGAAUACUGCACAAGUGAAUGUUCAUAAGAAAUUGGAUAGGAUAAAAUUAGAAAAAUUCGCAAAGACUCAUGGGAUAAUAGUUACAGUCUCAGAGUUAUUUAUUGUUGACAGAAAAUACCCACCAUUAUAUAGACUACGAAGACUGUCUAUUGUUGAAUUACCAAUUCAAAAAAACUCAUCAUCGUCUGCAUCAAUAAUUAAUUUAUUAAUAAUUAAAAAUAAUGAAGAUGAAGAAAAAUAUGAAGAGAAUGAUAAAAUUAACUUUAAUUUAGCUCCAACAUCAAACACACCUAGGUGUUCUACAAAUUUUAAAAACAAGAGUAAUCAUGAAUAA